AUGCAAACUCUUUCUUCUUCUCAUCUUCUUCAGUAUCGCCGCCUCUUCUCUGACCACUUCCCCAAAACCCAUUUGCAGAAAUCUACAGUUCAUAGACAAAACCGCACUCAAUUAGGCUCUGCCUUUGUUUCCAGGGCUUCCGUUUCAUCUAAUGCUCACCCAAUUGAGAGAAAAUCUUCUCUAGCUUUUCUCUCUCCUCUUGAAGCAAUUCUAUUUGAUAUUGAUGGAACAUUGUGUGAUUCGGAUCCGCUCCAUUAUUAUGCUUACCGUGAAAUGCUUCAAGAAGUAGGUUUUAAUGGUGGGGUUCCUAUCACUGAGGAAUUCUUCAGUGACAAUUUAAGUGGAAUGCAUAAUGAGGAACUUUGUAGUAUCCUCUUUCCUGAGUGGGAUAUCCAAAGAGCAAGAAAUUUUUUUGAAGAUAAGGAAGCCAUGUUUCGAAGAUUGGCAUCUGAACAAUUAGAACCUGUUAAGGGCCUCCACAAGUUGCGCCAAUGGAUUGAAAAUCAAGGCUUGAAACGGGCUGCAGUAACAAAUGGUCCAAGACCAAAUGGCGAGCUAUUAAUAUCAACGGUGGAGCUCUCGAAUUUUUUUGAAAUUGUUGUUGUUGGAGAUGAAUGUGAUCGAGCAAAACCAUUUCCUGACCCUUACUUGAAGGCUCUCCAAGCACUUCAGGUGUCACACAAGCAUGCUUUCGCCUUUGAGGAUUCUGUUUCGGGGGUGAAAGCGGGUGUAGCAGCUGGAAUGCCAGUAGUGGCCUUAGGCACAAGGAAUCCUGAGAUAUCAUUGAUUAAUGCCGGAGCAGCCUUCGUUAUUAAAGACUUUGAGGACCCAAAAUUGUGGGAAGCACUGGAAGAGUUUGAGAGGAAGGCAAUGUAA